UACAGAGGAAAAAGAAGGAAGCCGAUGAUGACGCAGUUAGAAAGCGCCGAAUCGCUAGCAGUCCAACCAACAGGUAUAACAGAGUUUUUGACAGAUUCUUCUGAUUUGUGCUGAUGUCGGCGCGUGCCAGAUGGUCCAGGAGCCGGGCCGGCUCUGCUUAGUGCUCCUUCUUCACCUGGGUGAGCCAACAUGGCGGAGGAGGAAGGCAUUGUGACAGAGCAGAUGGAAGAGGCGUCGGGUGGACUGUGCUGGCUGUCAGUGCUGUCCUGCCUGCUGCUUGCCUGCUGCUAUGUUGGCAGUUUAUAUGUCUGGAGGAGCGACCUGCCCAGGGAUCAUCCUGCGGUGAUAAAGAGGCGCUUCACCAGCGUCCUGGUCGUGUCGGGCCUUUCGCCUCUCUUUGUUUGGGCAUGGAGAGAAUUCACAGCAGUCAAGACUGUCUCACCAUUGUUGGCCCUGUUGGGCAUUCGCCUUGAAGGUUUUAUUCCUGCGAUUGUUCUGCCUCUGCUGCUGACUAUGGUCCUGUUUCUGGGCCCACUAAUGCAGCUGUCCAUGGACAGUCCCUGGAGCUUCACAGAUGGUGUUCAUGUGGUGCUUGACCCGUGCUUCUGGACGCUGUGCCUCAGCGACAUGCGCUGGUUGAGGAAUCAGGUGGUGGCACCACUGACAGAAGAGUUGGUGUUCAGAGCCUGCAUGUUGCCCAUGCUGGUGCCGUGUGCCGGUCCUUCCACUGCCAUCUUCACCUGCCCUCUGUUUUUUGGAGUGGCUCAUUUUCACCAUGUCAUAGAGCUGCUGAGGUUCAGACAGGGCACGCUGUCAGGAAUUUUCUUCUCAGCAGUGUUUCAGUUCUCCUACACAGCAGUGUUUGGAGCUUACACUGCAUUCAUCUUCAUCAGAACAGGUCACCUGAUUGGUCCAGUUCUCUGUCACUCCUUUUGUAACUACAUGGGUUUCCCAGCCAUCAGCACUGCACUGGAGCACCCCCAACGCCUCGCCAUUUUAUCAUCCUACCUGAUGGGAGUUCUUCUCUUUUUCAUGUUGCUCUUUCCUUUAACAAACCCUUCUUACUAUGGCGUCCCCACCCCAGUCUGCACCCUCACCUCGUCCCCCAGCUCUCUCUGUUUUUCCUGACCCCCCGCCCUUUCUCUACCUACACAGGCUUAUCUGCUUUUGUCCUGUUGCUGUACAAUAUUUAGGCAAUCAAGGGUUUGGUAUGUUUUAACGGUGAACUGGCGCUGAUGUCCUUUACAAAUUGACUGGACAGUGCUGACAGGUUUGGGGGGUUAUAAUGAGCCAAAUUUCUAAGUAAGCGUUAUUUAUGGUUUCCUUUAUACGAAAGGCAGUCACAUCUCAGAAUGUGUUGAAACUAAGGUUAAUGCUCCGGGAAGCGUUCUGUUCCUUCACUGACCUGAUGACCGGAACACAAAUCAUCUUCACGACUCAUAUUUUUUUAUGUGCUUCCACAAACUUUGAGUAAAACUUAGUAAAGGCUUAUUUGGUGAAGUUUUCCAGUUUUUU